UUCAGUAACGGUUGUGAUGUUCAACUUGUUGAUUUCGUGAAAGGCGCGAAAUUUUGUAAACAAAAUUUUGUGAACGGAUCAAAACUUGCUUCGUAGCCAUGGAAGAUUGCCAAAAUUCCGAAAAACCAGCGAAUAUUCGCGAUUUUAUCGAUUCGGAAGAGAUUGAUUUCGGAAGCGAACCACCAGUGCAGCAAACUGUUGUUGAAGAACAGUCCGAGCCGCUGGCGCCCGAGGAGCAAUUCGCUUUGGAAGCCGAGGAUUUUGAUGAGCUACCAGAACCCGACGAAAUCGCAAACGACUAUGAAGACCCAGAAGUUGCCAACGAUUACAGUGAAGAUCCUGAAGAUACUCCCGAAUCAGCAGAGAACCAGGAGCAGCCAGCAGCGAGUAAAACUAGCAGAAAAGAACCAUCGGAACAGCGAUUGACCCAACUACCGCUCAGUAAAAUCAAGUCGAUCAUGAAGUGCGAUCCGGAAGUGCAUAUUGUUUCGGCGGAGGCGAUUUUCCUGAUGACCCGUGCCGCCGAGCUGUUCGUACAGACCAUGGCCAAAGAAGCUCACACUCACGCGGUGGCCGGCAAAAAGAAAACCAUCGCCCGAAGGGACGUGGAUAUGACUAUAGAAUCGGUGGACACCUUAACGUUCCUGGAGGGGAUGAUGAAUGUGUGAUUUAUUAUUAGUAAAGGUCUAUUAGUUUUAAUAAUUGUAAUCUUGCAAACUGAAUGUAAUUAUUUGAAGCAAAGUAUUGAUCAUAUUCAAUUUUGAAUUACGUUAUGAAUGCAUUCGGGGUAGAGUUAUGCGCCGACGUCGAAAUAUUUUGCAGCUUUUCUUUAGUCGCGCAACAUGCACGCGUUGAGCGUAAUGCAAAGA